AUGUCCCGCAGAGCUUACUUCCUGCUGCGAAGAGACUUCCAAGAGUUGAAAAAGAACAACUAUAAAGGCAUUACUGCUUUUCCUGUAAGUGAAGAUAAGAUGGAAUGGGAAGCUGAUAUUGAAGGUCUAGAGAAUACAAUGUGGCAAGGAAUAUUCUUCCAACUGACUAUAAAUUUUUCAUCAGAAUAUAAUUUUGUCCCUCCAGUUGUGACAUUUAGAACCAUUCCUUUUCAUCCGAAUGUAGACCAACAUACUGGUCGACCCUGUAUAGAUUUUUUGGACAAUCCUCAUAAGUGGAACACAAGCUAUACACUGAGCAGCAUCUUACUUACCCUCCAGGUUAUGCUUUCUAAUCCAGUGCUAGAAAAUCCAGUGAAUUUGGAAGCAGCCCAAAUGCUGAUUAAGGAUGAAUCUGUGUACAGAAUAAUAGCUCAAAGACUUUUACAUAAACCAUUACAAUUGAAAGAUGACAGCUCCGAGUUAUCUAAAGACUCAGAUAAAUUUACCAGGUCAAUUAAAAUUUCAUUUGAUGAUUACUACAAGACAUGGUCUGAAAUAGCUACAUCAAAAGCUGCGGAAUGUUACAGAACUCCAUUACUUGAAGAUCCAAAUUUCAUUGGAGAGUAUUGUAAAUGGAAGAAAGUGGAGCUAAAACAUCAUAAAGAAUGGAAUUUAAAGUAA